GGUUACGAUUCGCCGGCGGUUGCGGAGUCUCUCACCGUCGCAUUUCCUGUAUCUCGAGCUCGUGAGGUGAAUACGGUUCAGAAGACUUUGGUGGAGACUUGGGGCUUGAUUCGGGAGACCUUCAUUGAUCCCACUUUCAACCAUCAAGACUGGGAUUUAAAGCUGCAACAGACAAUGGUGGAAAUGUUCCCACUAAAAUCAGCAGAUGCAGCAUAUAACAAAAUCAGUGGAAUGCUUGCAACUCUUGGUGAUCCUUUCACAAGAAUCGUUAGUCCAAAGGAGUAUCAAAGUUUCAGGAUUGGCAGUGAUGGGAAUUUGCAAGGAGUAGGACUUUUCAUAAAUGUUGAACCAAGAACGGGACACCUGGUUGUUUUAUCUUGUGUUGAGGGCAGCCCAGCAGCCCGAGCUGGCAUACAUGAAGGGGAUGAAUUGGUAGAGAUAGAUGGAGAGAACGUUUCUGGAAUAAAUGGUGAAACUGCAGCUCAGAAGCUUCGGGGACGUGCAGGCAGUACUGUUAGAGUAAAGCUUUACAGUGGGACAGAUGGUGGAAGCAUGUCGGGUGUUAGAGAGGUAAACCUGCCUCGCGAAGUAAUUAAGCUGUCCCCUAUCUCCAGUAGAAUCAUCUCUCAUAGAUCAGGUGAGGGAAAUGAGUUGAAGACUGGAUAUGUGAGGCUAUCUGCAUUCUCCCAGACUGCUGCUGCUGAAAUGGAGAGUGCUAUUCAAGAUAUGGAAAACCAAGGAGUUCAGUCAUACAUACUGGAUUUACGUAAUAAUCCGGGAGGCUUGGUGAAAGCUGGACUUGAUGUUGCUCAAAUAUGGUUAGAUGGAGAUGAAACUUUGGUCAAUACAAUUGACAGGGAGGGAAAUAUGUUACCGAUCAACAUGGUGAAUGGUCAUGCCUUAACCCAUGACCCACUUGUUGUGCUUGUGAAUGAAGGAAGCGCAAGUGCAAGUGAAAUUUUGGCUGGAGCACUACGUGAUAAUGGCCGUGCUAUUCUCGUAGGGCACAGAACCUUUGGUAAAGGAAAAAUUCAGAGUGUGACAGAACUUCACGAUGGUUCAGCAUUGUUCAUCACUGUGGCUAAGUAUUUGUCACCGGCACUACAUGACAUUGAUCAGGUUGGCAUUGCACCAGACGUGCAAUGCACUCCGGAUUUGUUAACUUCUUCUUCAAGGUCAUCAUCAUCAUCCAUAUCUAAGGAUAAAGGCCCAGGUUCCUCCUUGGAGGCAGAUUCUUGCAUCCUGGUGGCAGAGCAUGAGUUGGAAGUCCAAAAAUCCAAGGGGACAGCUUCUUGA